AAUGCACCCGGCUUCCCCAGAAGAGCCUUUGCGCGCCUCACCGAAGUUCUAUGCGUCCGCAGCCACCGGGGCUCGGGGUGAAGAUCGCCCCAGCGACAUGUCGGGGGCCGUGACCCUGCAUCCCAGGCAACUCGAAGCCGCCAGACGUCAAGAAGAAGCCAAGGCGGGCUUUGCUCUGCCGCCAGAGCUGUCUUUGGCGAGGAGGCCCGCCGCAAACACCACGCCCCGCACGCCACGAACGCAGACUCUUGGGCGCACCCAAGGCCCACGCCCCGAGAGGUUUGGUGUGGAUCCUGCCCUGCCGCACGGCUCGGCCGGCGCCGUGCUGCCAUCGCGGUCCUCUGUGCGGACGUACACUGGGGCUCCUGCUCCAAGCAUUGAUCGUGAGCCGACCGGGCCUGGCGAGGAGUUCCUCAGCAUGUUCAACGGCACUGCCGGCUUACCGAGCUGGCAUCGGAAGGUAUUGGGGAAGACCGGAUAGAGUGUCCAAACAC